AAGUUCCUAAAACUGUGACAUUGCGGCUUCCGUACUAUGGACUACUCCAGCCAUAACAUCAACUAGCUACCUAACCUACUUUUACAAUCAUUGUUGUCAAAUAACUUCAAAAGUGGUAUAUCUUCAGCGUGUGUCACAUCCUAUCCGGACGAAAUAGCAUAAAAUAGGUAUUCGCAACAUGCUAGCUAUAAACAGUACGCUUGCUAUGAAAUUAAAAUUAACCGACAGUCAGCAAGCUAGCUAACGUUAGCUAGCUCUGACAGGACAGCUAGCUUUCUAGUUAGCUAAUGACGUUAACAGUUUGGUUGUGAAGUUGCCGAGGUUUUACAUAGUUUCGACGUAUUACUGAAGGUUAGUUAACUAGCUGUAAUUGUCUAUAACCGGUUAGCGUAGCUACAAAUGAGUAGCUAGCUAGUUGCUAAUUUCAGUUUGUCAAAAAUAUUGUUGCAAAAGGUAGCUAGCUAGCAAGAGAUAGGCCACUCGCUACUAUGUAGCCAGUUUAAUGCUGUCUGGUCAGUUCGGCGCUAUAUUGUAAUCAAAUCAGUGCUAGAGAGAUCAGCAGCAGUUAACGUUUGUCAAUAACAUCCUAGUGGACACCGUUAUCUAGCUAGCUACAGACGUACGAUUCUGGUUUAUUAUUAGUACAGUGUUCGCUAGUAUUUUCGUUUUAGUAGUAGAUUAGGCAGAACAGCGGGAUGUCUAGGGGAUUAAGUCUAGCAAUGAUAUUGUUUAGAAAAUAAAACAAAACUAUGUUUAUAAUGCAUGCAACGGCUCCCAAAUUAAUUCGUACAUAAGGCUACAUUUGUUAUUUUCUUUGACUACAUAAAAUCUGAUGCGUCUGAGGUUAUUAUACAAAACACUUCAGCUAAAUCGGUUUAUUUAUUUUGAAGAGUAGCCACAUAAACAUUUGAAAUGUCUGGAGACGGCUCGGAUAGUAGUAGUAGCGAGGACUCUGAUACUGGGAUCCGGAGGAAAGCCUGCACUGUCAAACAUGAGAUCACCAAUGCGAACCUCACGGGCCAUACUGAGAGAGUGGGCAUGGAGAACUUUGAGCUUCUCAAAGUCUUGGGCACAGGAGCCUAUGGGAAAGUGUUUCUGGUCAGAAAGAACAGUGGUCAUGAUGAAGGGAAGCUGUAUGCCAUGAAGGUGUUGAAGAAAGCAGCCAUCGUUCAGAAGGCAAAGACUGCAGAGCACACACGUACAGAGAGACAGGUGCUGGAGCACAUCCGCCAGUCCCCGUUCCUGGUCACACUGCACUACGCCUUCCAGACCCAGACUAAGCUCCAUCUUAUCUUGGACUAUGUGAGCGGAGGGGAGAUGUUCACACACUUGUACCAGCGAGAUCACUUCUCUGAGGAAGAGGUGCGGAUUUACAUCGGGGAGAUUAUCCUGGCCCUGGAGCACCUCCACAAGCUGGGCAUCGUGUACCGGGACAUCAAGUUAGAGAACAUCCUCUUGGACAGCGAGGGACAUUUAGUGCUGACAGAUUUUGGGCUCAGCAAAGAGUUCCUGGAGGAGGAGAAGGAAAGGACGUAUUCGUUCUGUGGCACCAUAGAGUACAUGGCUCCAGAGAUCAUCAGGGGGAAGUCUGGUCAUGGAAAGUCGGUAGAUUGGUGGAGUCUGGGGAUCCUGAUGUUUGAGUUACUGACGGGGGCGUCACCAUUCACCUUGGAGGGGGAGAGGAACUCCCAGAGUGAGGUGUCCAAGCGCAUCUUACAUUGUGAGCCGCCGUUCCCCUCUAUGAUCGGUGCCGUGGCUCAGGACCUGUUGAGGAAGCUGUUGGUCAAAGACCCCCACAAGAGACUGGGCUCUGGGCCCCGAAGGGCCGAAGACAUCAAGACUCAUGCCUUCUUCAAGGGUCUCAGUUGGUCAGACCUGGCUGAGAAGAAGGUAGUCAGCCCGUUCAAACCAGAGAUCAGGAGUGAGCUGGAUACAGGAAACUUUGCUGAGGAGUUCACUGGCAUGAAUCCUCUCUACUCUCCAGCCAGCACCCCACCAAGCACUGAUCGACUGUUCCAGGGCUAUUCUUUCGUUGCUCCCUCCAUUCUAUUCAACAAGAACGUGGUGAUGGGGGACUUCAUGGAGGGCCAGAUGGGAGCAGAGCGACCGGGCUCAUCCACUGUCCGUCGCAGUGCUAUGUUAGCGGACUCUACGUUCUUCCAGCUGUAUGAGCUGUGCCUGCAGGGGGCACCCCUGGGCGAGGGCAGCUUCUCUGUGUGCAGGAAGUGUCGACACCACCAGAGUGGCCAUGAGUACGCCGUUAAGAUCAUCAGCCGCAGAAUGGAAGUGAACACUCAGAGGGAGAUUGCUGCCCUCAGGCAGUGUGAGGCUCACCCCAACAUUGUCAAACUGCAUGAGGUCUACACUGAUCAGUUCCAUACGUACCUGGUGAUGGAGCUGCUGCGUGGGGGGGAGCUGCUGGAGAGGAUCAAGAAGAAGAAGCUGUUUGGGGAAUCAGAGGCCAGUCAGCUGCUCAGGAGCCUUGUGUCAGCUGUUGGCUUCAUGCACGAGGCUGGAGUGGUGCAUAGAGACCUCAAACCAGAGAAUGUGCUGUUUGCAGACGAGGGGGAGGACUCGGUGCUGAAGGUGAUAGAUUUUGGUUUUGCCCGGGUGUGCCCUGCGGGCAGCGCCCCCCUGCAGACUCCCUGCUUCACACUGCAGUACGCUGCUCCUGAGCUCUUCCACAGCACCGGUUACGACCAGGCCUGCGACCUCUGGAGCCUUGGGGUCAUCCUGUACACCAUGCUGUCAGGACAGGUGCCCUUCCAGAGUAAGCAGCAGCAGCGAGCGGGGAUGACCUCCUCUUAUGCUGCUGACAUCAUGCAUAAAAUUAAAGAGGGAGACUUCUCGUUUGCUGGAGAAGCCUGGAAGGGUGUGUCAGGGGAGGCUAAAGAGCUUGUGAAAGGGCUUCUGACGGUGGAUCCAGAGAGGCGUCUCAAGCUGUCUGCUCUGAGAGAGAACAGCUGGCUGCAGGGCGGGGCUAUCCUAUCCUCCACCCCCCUCUGCACCCCAGAUGUGCUAGAGUCCAGCGGCCCCAUUGUCCGCUCCUAUGUCAACGCCACCUACAAGGCAUUCAACAAGGGGAAGAGGGAGGGCUUCUUUCUGAAGAGUGUUGACAACGCCCCCCUUGCAAAGCGACGCAAGCUCAAGAUGACAAGUACAGGUGUGGAGACUCGACGGAGCUCCUCUUGCUCAUCCUCUUCUUCCUCUUCCUCAGCUGCCUCUGCCGCUGCAACAAACUCAAAAAACCAGCCACCACACCAAACUCUGCCCCCGAAGCUAGAAAAGCACUAGAAGGGGAGGAGGGGGAAGAGUGGGAGGAAUAAAGUUAGAAGAAGGAAGCACAUUAAUUCAGAUAUGACAGAUUGGGAUACUGUCUCUGAAAGACCAGAGAUGACUUGAUUUGAAUUCCAAAGUCAUCUAGAAUCUCCAAAUUCUAAGUCUAAGAGCUUAUUUAUGAACCAACUAUGAGACUAGUUAAAUAUUUCAGGAUUCACCUCCCUGUUUUCUAGAAAGACGAUGCUUUUUGCAUUGUCGUAAUGAUGCAAUGACUUUAUCUAUAUGUGUUUAUACCAUUUGCAGUAAACUGCAGUAGCUUGUACCAUCUCAUUUAAUUUUCCCAAGAAAUUAACUAACAUGUAAUUUCUUGAAUGGAAAUAAGCUUUAGACCAGUGUUUUCAUAACUCUGGUCUAGAGGAUAAAUAUCAGUAUGGUAGGUUAUGGAAGACUGUUGGCUUUAAGGUCAUACUAAUGAAGGUUUCAGUCACCUUGCCAGGGUGAUGAUGAUGAGCAUGCAGUUAUCCUGAUGUUAACAUGUUCUCAGUACCAGAGGGAGGGAGGGAGGCAGGGUGGAGGGAGGCAGGCGGGCGGGAGGGAGAGGUAAAGGGAAAUGAGGAGCCAUAAUGAGCACAAGCCAUAUAUACAUAGGGAGGUCAUGACCUCUACACCGGAGCACUUGUAGAUACAUACACAGCACUCAUCGCAUGACAAAACGAGGCAGUGGUUAGGAGUCUGUUGGAAGUCUCUCACUGUAUCUAAUGGUGUGGUUGAGAUUGAGAAAUAAUGGUGCUACUGUACUAUAUAAAGAGAAAAUCUAUUAUUAUUACUGCGGACAGCUGUUCAAGUGAACUUUGACCCUGCGUGAUGUUCCCAGUCCAUGGGACGCAGUCUUUGUGACCCAGAUGUCCCAUACUGCCAAUUUACAGGAACCUUAGUAUCAUUCUCUUUGGCUUGAGAUUUCAGUGAUCUAUUGACAUUGGUCUCGCUGUGUAUACUUAACUGGUUCACUGAAGUUCACCUGCAAGUCAAAUAACGCCAUCCAUUGUCCUGUGUGUGAAUAUGUGUGCUUCAUUAAUGAACAAGCAUCAUGAUUCUGACUAAAUAAGAUAAACCGGGGAAAUAAACACUGGGUUAUGAUCAACAUUCUGAUUUGAUUUUAUAUUCUCAUGAACAGAUGACAGUGCCCUACAGCUCAUGGUGUUGAGUUCUUAUGAGCAGAGCAACUUUUCGCUAUAUUUCUCAAAGGGACAAAUCAAAAUAUGAAUUAUUUUGUACUGUGAGUAAGAAUUGUCACCCUGAUUUAAAGAAUUUUGUGUUUUUUUAAAGACAUUUCGGUAUUUUAUCAUUGAAUGUCAGUUACACUGAUCAUUUACCAAUCACUUUUUUACCCAAAUAUAUUGACUGUUGAUUAGAUUUGUACCUGGAUAUCGCACAAAUGUAGUCAUUUAAUCAGUGAUACACAUUUCAGCUUUAAACACAAUGCUUAUUUGAGUAUUUAUUACAUUUUAUGGGUUGUGAUGUGUUUUUCUGAUGCUGUGGUAAUGGUUUUCAGACUGAUUUACCUUUGGUGGGUUUGAGUGUAUGUGCUGUAUGCAUGUUGAUUGUUUUGCGUGUGCGCAGCGUGACUGGUUCUGGGUAUUAUAUGUGCUCUUUUCCUUAGUCUCCAGGUAAACCAUUAUUGCAAGUUAAUGUAGUAAAUAUAUAUUUUUUUCGUUAUUUCUUAUAAACAUUAUUUUAUGUCGGGAACUGUGCUUUUGUUCUAUGCUAUUGUUUGUAUUUUCAUUUGGCUGUUGAUGUCGUAUGUUGUCUUUUUAAUGUUAUGAAUUUGAGAUACUAUUUUUAAUGAGCUACUGCCCAUGCCAUGUAUUGUCCUUUUUGGCAAAAAAUAUCAAAUGUUCUUCAAAGCAUAUCAUGAUAUUGAGAUACACUAUGUCACAAUAACUUGUAAUGCUUUGUCUUGUGUCGAACACUUAAAUGUGGAGAAAAAUAAAUGAUUUUACUCAA